AUGGAAGUUGAGAAACAAGUUGCUAGCACAGAUGUUGUAGUUAAGGAGCAAAAACCGCAGCAAGAGGGUUACACUUCAACGCUUGGUAGUUAUGUAGGGCCAUCAACUAUACCUACUUCCACUCGUCCUCCAUACAAUUAUACAGAGCAUUUCACAACGGAGGAGGUUUUUUCAUUUGAUAAAGCGUUGGUAGAUUGGAUAAGAUGCACUGGUAAACGACGCGGGUUUGUCAUUGUGAUUAAGGGCUCGGAGAAAUGUAUUAAGAAUCGCACACCUAUGAUGAGGUUUUCAUGUGAAAGAAGCGGUAAGUAUAGGCCGUUUGUGAAGAAGGUUGAUGGGAAGGAGGUCGUUGUGAAGCAGCGAGUGCGGUCCACGGGCAUCAAGAAAUGUGAAUGCCCAUUUGAAUUGAAAGCUGUAAAGGGCAAUGAUGGUUUGACUGCCUCUGUCCACAAUGACACUCACAACCAUCCUCCAACGGUGUACUUGGAGGGCCAUUCGUAUGCCAGGAGGUUAUCGCCAGAGCUGACUGCCACGGUGGUUGUUUUGUCAGUCUCUUUGGUGAAACCCAGAGAAAUCCUAACCCAUUUGAAGGUUCAAGAUUCUCAGAACGUAACGACAAUCAAAACCGUGUACAAUGUACGACAAAAGUACCAAGUGAUAGAGAAAGCUAGGAGAUCUCAAAUGCAACAUUUGUUGGGUCGGCUAGAAAAAUACAAGUACGUUCAUUGA